ACAUCUUUGUUAAAAUUGUAUUAUUUUACUAGUGUUUCAGUCAGGUUUUAAGUAGCCCACAAUUUAAGUGUGAAUUUAGAAAAUAAAAAAAAUGGUUGGGUUCAUUCAUCUAAGUGGCAUUAUUUUAAAAUUCCAUUUACUGAGAUUUAUGUCAGUUUGUGGAUUAUAUGAAGAAUUAGUCCUGCAUGGACCUUGAUACAUCCCGGAUGUAUCUUGAUGGAGAACCAUUAGAGAAUGACUCAUUUGAAAAGAAAAGGUGCUGGCCUUUACCCGAAGAGAAUAUAAUUUUCCUUCAGCCCACAUUUGUGCCUGAUUGGUGGGUGGAGCCUCCUGGCUUGAUUACAACCUGCCUCAUUUGAUAUUUAGGUGAGACUCCAGUGUAGAACGACAGCAAAAUUGCCUUGCUUGGCGUUUUUGACCUUGUUUGACCUCACUUACCCGUUGCUACCUGUUUCAUCAUUUCCAGGAGUACUUAGGGUUUGUUAUUGCGCUAUCGCUCCACUCCUCGCCAUCCACAAGGGUAAUGCAGAGCCAAAUAACCAAUCCUGGAGAUGCCGAAGAGAAGAGAUAUUCUUGCCAUUGUGUUGAUAGUGUUACCCUGGACUCUGCUCAUCACCGUUUGGCACCAAAGCGCUAUCGCUCCACUCCUCGCCAUCCACAAGGCAUGUCACCACCUAGUAAAAGAGAUCUUUAUCAUUCCAGAGAGGCUUGCGGUCCGCCACCGACUCUCAGAUGACGGCGUUGAGGGCAAGAGGGAGGCGGGCGGCCAACCAGGAGACUCCAAGGAAUACUGCGCCUCAGAUAAGGACAUUGUCGAGGUGGUGAGAACUGAGUAUGUGUACACGCGGCCGCCGCCUUGGUCUGACGUCUUGCCCACUAUCCACAUCAUCACGCCCACCUACAGUCGACCUGUGCAAAAGGCCGAGCUGACACGGCUGGCUAACACAUUCCUCCACAUUCCCAACCUACACUGGAUCCUGGUGGAGGAUUCCCAAAGAAGGACGCCUCUUGUGACGCGGCUCCUCAGAGAAACGGGCCUCAACUACACCCACCUAAAUGUCGAGACGCCCAGGAACUAUAAGCUGCGCGGCGACACUAGGGACCCUAGAAUCCCCCGGGGUACCAUGCAGAGGAAUCUGGCACUCCGGUGGCUGAGGGAGACCUUUAAUGCUAAUAGCACUCAAGCUGGAAUAAUCUACUUUGCUGACGACGACAACACUUACAGCCUGGAGCUGUUUGAGGAGAUGAGAUCAACUCAAAAAGUUUCUGUGUGGCCCGUGGCCUUUGUGGGCGGCCUGCGCUACGAGUCCCCCAAAGUCAAUGCGGCCGGGAAGGUGUACGGCUGGAAGACGGUGUUCGACCCCCAUCGGCCCUUUGCCAUCGACAUGGCAGGCUUCGCCAUCAACCUGAGGCUCAUCCUCUUCAAGCCUCAGGCGUAUUUCAAGCUUCGUGGGGUGAAGGGAGGCUACCAGGAGAGUAGUUUACUACGAGAACUUGUCACACUCAACGACCUGGAACCCAAAGCAGCCAAUUGCACCAAGAUACUUGUUUGGCACACAAGAACAGAGAAGCCCGUCCUCGUAAAUGAAGGGAAAGCAGGAUUCACCGACCCAAAUGUGGAGAUUUAACCAUUUCUCCCAGAUCUCCUAUUAAGCGUUUGUCUCCGGAUUCCUGCACAUGCAUUGAUGAAGAUGGCCUUUGAGGUCCAAGAUAUGACAUUUUUCUGAGAAAUUGACAAAGCCGUAUCAAUGUAUUAUUUCAAAGCACAGAUUGGUGAGAGGCGGCGUUUAUUUAUGAGGUGUGCGAAAGAGACAUUUUCAAGGACGCUCCAGAAGACAGUGUGGGUGUCUCGCUAGGGCAACCUGACAAAAAGACGGCACAAUUUCAUCCAAGUCAGGUUCGAGAAAAAUAACUUCACCUGAAGAAAAGGAAACUGCUGAAAUUCAUCCAAGAAGGAAGGACAAUGAAAUUAAAUGGCAAAACAUGUCUUUUGGAUUUUACUCCAAAUAAAACACUGGAAGGGAAGGAAUGUUCUUUUGAUAACAAUGUAAUGUUUGAUUUAAUUUAAUAGAAUUUGUUUAGGUGUUGACAAAACUACUGACUCGUACAUUUACAUUUACUCCUGGAUUACCAUAAUUCAUGCAUUGAAAUCACAAUGAACACUUGAAGAUGCCCCAGUUGGAAAUGUACAUUCAAAGGAAAGCAUUGCACCUUUUACUAAGCACUUAAAAAUACACUGAUGGUGUUUCUUUGUGAUAACGUGUAAAUAGAAAUUAUUCAUGGGAGCAAUCAGGAACCAUUGUUUAAAAUGUAUCGUAACUACUGUAUUUAUGCUGGUCCAUUAUGAAAAAUAGCACACCUUUUUGGUCAGAGGUUCAGUUUGUGCUGAAAAGUUCAAUGCUGAAAAGCCAUUUGUGCAAUUGUUUAUCGACGUAAUAAAGGUUUCCCCUUCUCGA